AUGACUGGCGCCGCAAGUGCCCAGAAUCGACGCCCUCCGCGCCUGAACCACAAGAAGUCACGCGCUGGCUGUCAAAGAUGCAAGGCCCGCCGAGUUAAGUGCGAUGAGGCCAAACCUGCAUGUGGAGGGUGCAAUCGCCAUCACGUACCCUGUGCCCAGCCAAAACUCGCCCUCGACCAAGUCCUGACUCCCCCAACCAUCAACGACCCUGUUACAUCUGAUGAUAUCUUGGAUCUACCCGAAUCACGCCAACGCCGUCUACUGGAACUGCGUCUGUGGCAUAAUUACGUGACCAUUGUAGCUACCCCCUUUCACUCUCCCGCCCCCAAGUCCGUCUUGGUUGAGAUCUGGAACAAUCACAUGCCUUACAUCGCCAUGCGACAUGACAACCUACUCUACACCAUAUAUGCUUUUUCCGCCACCAAUAUGUUGCGGAAUACUCCAGACGACGCCGAACUGCUCACUGCUCAGAGGGUCUAUCUUAGUCUAGCCCUUCGUGAGCAGCGUAAGGCAAUCAUUCAAUUUCACAUCCACGCCGAAGAAGCUGAUUCUCUCUGCUUUACAUCAAUUAUGAUGACCAUGAACGCAUUCGGUUGCCUACAGGAACGCAAUCGAAACCCUUACAAGCCACCCACCGAUAUGUUGCGCCUGGGUAUAGGCGCCUGUGCGAUAUACGACGAGGCUCUGAAGAGUGCCCGCAAAUUCCCUUCUUCCAAGAUUGCUACUUUCAUCGAGAAUCAGCCCUUCUUCAAAGCUAUACCCAGGAUGUUCGAUGAAGAGCAUCGGGAACCCUUCAUUGGCAUUCUGGGGCCGAAGAACGCUCAAGGCGUCUAUGAAGACUCCGAACUCUGGGAUCCCGAUGUCAAAGAAGCUUACGAGUGUACCUUGAGCUACAUCGGCACGAUGUACACAGCUGUCUUGGACGGUGAAACGUUACAUCAGAUUUGUACACGAAUCGCUGCUUUUGCGUUGUAUGUGCCCAAAAAGUUUGUGGACAUGGUUGAGGAGUUGCGUCCAAGAGCUCUGGUCAUUCUGGCUCAUUUCUUCUCGCUCGCUACUAAGGGUAGCGCGCAUUGGUGGGUUGGACAAACCCCCAUGAGAGAAGUUCAAGGCUUGAGGAGAAUCGUACCUCAGGAAUGGCAGCGACAUUUACGAUGGCCACUGGUUAUGUCUGGACUGGAGCCCGUCUGA